AUGGUAAACCUCCGGUCUCACCGGUACCGAAAAAAACAGACUGAAAAGCAGCUGCCGAAAGCCGGAGAGGCUGGGAAGAAGAAAAUUUGUAAUGAAAGUGGCCCGGAAAAUGCGCGUGUUGUAGAAGAAAUCCCGGUUAAUGCGGGUUUCCAUACCGAUUUCGCAGAUUGCAUGAAUGAAGAAGCUGGCCAGGAACGAGUGCCUUUUAUAGAUACAUCUGAUAUAGAAAGAUACUACCGAGAAACCGGCGAGUGGGGACAAACACAACAAAGUCAGCCCGGAAUUAGCUCAUCUAUGGCAUCUCAAUAUGGAUCGACACCAGCGACACAAAGCGACGAGGUACAUGCGGGAAUGUUGGAGGUGUUCUUGAAUCAAUUCGACGAAUGUGUAAAAAGGAUAACCGACACUUUUACAGAAGGUUUCCAAUUGUACCCCCAAAGUGAAAAAAUCAAAGAAGUACACAAAUUGUGGACAGAUAAGUUGAAAAAGGUCGGAUCAACGUGUACGACAACCAAACAACCACAAACUCCUGAUGAUAAAACACCGGAAAAAGAGGCAAAUAAGGAGAAUUUGGAUAUGUCACAGUUGUCGCAGUGGACACCUUCAUUGGCAGAAGAGGUAUGCAAGACGGUUGACAAGACAACCACACAGACGACUCAGCUUGCAGUAAUUGAGCCGCCCGCACAGAAGACUCAGGUUGAAGAAAUGGAGAAGACCGCACUCGCCGUCACACCAAUCUCCCAGAAAACACAGGAGGAGUACGAAUAUACGAUUAGACGUGGGCAGCUUAUACACGAUCUGGACCUUGGAAAGCCGAAAAUAAGACCGGAAAGACAAACAGAGUUGACCGAUGCUCUAAGGUCUCCUUACGUGAAGCGGGCAGUGUCGAUUAAGGCAAAGCUUGAAAACGCUGAGCUCUCCGUCAGCUCAUACAUGUUCUCAGCCUGGGGAUCAAUGUGGGAUGUUGUCUUUAGAACUAAGAAAGGAGUGCCGGUGAUGAGAUCUCCGCUCGAAUCAUUAUUGCCGGGAAUCGAGGUGCACAUAUUGGUAAUAAGCGCGUGGGCGGAUUUGUUGAAUUACGAAGAAAAAUUCAAGCUAAAGGGGAGCAUCGCACGCCUGUUCUGUUCAGUAAAUAUAAUGAAGACGACUACAUUAAAAAUGCAAAAUCAAGAGCAAAAACGUUCAGAGACAACAUGGAACCGGUUUUAG